GGAUUUAUAAAUCAGCUUCGCCAAACGAUGAAAAAUCUCAUGCUUUUGUUAUGGUGAUUCGUGACGGAUAUGAAUGUUUAUAUUAUCGAUAUAAUAUUAGCGAAUUUAAUCCAAAAGGUACUGAUUCGAGUAAAUUUAUGAUUAGGAUUGGACAAAAUAAAUUUAGCGAAAAUGAAGUGGUAUUAAGUCUUCCUGCGAUCAGAUUAAUUCCAUCAACAGAUAUUGAAUACGACGCAUAUACCGAUCUAUUAAUUAAAGAUUGGAGUAGAAUAAUAGGAAAAGGAUCAGAAUCAAAAUCAAAAAUUCCUUCCUUGAAAUUAUCAAUUACAAGACCCCCCUUUAUCCCAUAUUCGGUUCGUGGAUACAUCUUUUUCAAUGAUACAACUCCGUACCCUUUCAGUUUUACUCAUCCAAAUGUGAUGGGUAUUUUUGCUUAUGUUCCUUUCUUGGAAUGUAAUCAUGGAAUCAUAAGCAUGUCUCAUAGAUCUUCUGGUAUGAUCGAAUUUAUUAAUAUGGAAAAUAAUGGAAUUAUAGAAGAUAGAAUUGAUCUGGAAAAUGGUUCCGGUUAUAUUGAAAAGGAUUGGGGUGUAAAUUUUCCUGAAUCCUGGAUUUGGUCUCAAUCAAAUACAUUUAUAAAUGAAAAAGAAGAAAAGCGUUCCUCGAUAUUAAUUUCUAUCGCCGAUAUUCCAUUAGUAUCAUCCGAUAAUCCAUUACUUAAAGUUCCUUAUCUGAAAGAUUUCUUACAUUUUCCCGGUCGUAUAAUAGUCUUUUAUCAUGCAAAAUCAAAUAUUACUUAUAAUUUCAGUACUUACAAUUUGUUUUCUAAAGUUAUCGAUUUAGUUAUUGAUAUGGAUGAAAAUAAUUCUUCCAUGCAAUAUGUGCAAUAUGUCAAAUUACAUGUUAUAGAUAUUUCAAAUGGAUUAAAUUUGGAAAUUCAUAUUAAACGUAAAGCUGGAAAUGGUAUUCCUUUACGUAGUCCCAGUAAACGAUUUGGCAAGAUGGCUUUAAUGAUUGAAGAAAGUUUGGAUGCUGAAUUGAAUGUUACAUUAUGGAGAUCUGGUAAAGAUUCCCAGGAAGAGGAAGUUAUAUUUAAUGAUCAAUCUGUUGUUAGUGGUUUAGAAAUUGUUGGAAAUGUAUGGUGGAUUGUCAGUAAACUUUCUGCCGCUAAGG